UAAGAUACCAAUACAAUCAAAUCAUUGAUGGAUAUAAAAGCAAUUACGGAAUGGAUUAACUUGUAAUACAAACGUAAAUUAAAGAAAGACUUCGUAUUGUUGUUUCCAAAUAAAUAUUCAGACAUGAAGUACUGGAUAAUAUUAGCGGGCUGUUUGGCUUUGAUACAAGUCACAAAGUCCGCUGGUGUAUGCAGUGAAGACACUAUUAAACAGUCGUGGCAAAAAUGUGACAAUACAUAUUUUGUGUCAGACGUUAAAGACAUGGCGUCGAUGAAGAAAAUGUGCAGCAAUGUUGAAUGUUUGGUUCAGUGUAAGAAAAAUGCAGUUGGAGAUUGUGCAAGCCAGGAAGAAUUUCGUGAACAUUUGUUUAUGUUUGAUCCAGAGAAAUGGAAGGUUUAUUAUAGAUUUACAUGCUCCAAUUUUGACGAUGUUAUGCAACAAUUUAAUGGUGGUUGUUCACAGAAUGACAUAUGCUCAGGGAAAAACAUUACAAACUUCAAUACAUCUGAGAGAGAUUUGAAAAUUUUGUGCAGCUCUUUGGAAGCCACGCGUAAAUGUGUCAGUAUGAGUCCAAGUCCAGACGGCAAAACUUGUACUGCAGAUGGUGCACGAUUUCAAGAAGAUAUCCGAAAACUUGGUUAUUCAAUUUCCAUUUGUGAAAACACAGACAUAAAGCAGUUAUAUACAAAGUACGGUGGACCUUACAAAUGUGGAAGCAGCUCUGCGACAGCUAAAGUUAAACUAUCCUUCACUGCUUUCAGCCUAGCCAUGCUUACCUGGAUCAAAACCCGCUUCUAAAUGUGUUAUCUUUCCAAGUUUGUGACAAUAUAUGCAAUGUUUUGUUUACAUAUUUAUUAAAUGUUUUUCCUGAUAUUAUAACACGUAGAAAUAUAUUUGUAUUUUACAUUUUAUGAUAGAUUUGUAUUCCAUUUUGUAUUAUUACGUAUUUAUAGUGUCUAUAAACUAAGACUGUAUAAAAAUA